UUAUUUUUUGUUCAAAACGAAAAAUUCUGAAAUUCUAAAAAAAAUCAAAAAUGCAACGAAUACGUGAUACAUUUCGACGUCGUGGUGGUACCAGUGGUGGCGGUGGUAAUGAACAACGACAAUCACAAGCACCACCAUCAUCAUCAUCAUCAUCAAUGAUAAUUGGUUCAUCAGAAUCAUCAUCAACAUCAUCGACAUCAUCACCGGCUGCUAUAAUUACUACAACUGGUUAUUAUUCUUCUACUACACCAUCAACAUUAGAACAACAAGCUAAAGCGGAAGCUUGUAGACAACAGAAUAGACAUCGGCGUCAAAUGUUAUUGUUACAACAACAGCAACAACAACAACAAAAAAUAAUGAAAAAACAUCAACAUUAUCGUAAUAAUAGUGGAAGUAAUGGUGGUGGUGGUGGUGGUGGAAGUUUAUACGGUGGCGCUAAUAUCGGAAGCGGCGGAAAUAUUCAUACUGGAUUUAGUAGUAGUACAAAUUCAACGCCAACACAUUUAGCAUCAUCAAUUGGAUCUGGUCAUCAAUCAUCAUCACAACAAUCAUCACCAUCACAUUCAUAUACUGAAGAAAUUAUUACCGGAAUUGGAAACACUGCUGGCACUACCAGUGGUGGUGGGGGUGGUGUUGGUGUUAGUAGUAGUGGUGGUGGUGGUGGCAGUGGUAAUUUCUGGUGUAGUACAGGUGGUAUAUAUCCAUAUGAUAUGACAAUGACAAUGAUGAUUGAACCAAGACGUGAUGUACAACAAAUUCAGCAACAACAAUAUCGACAA